GAGUGCGGGAACCAGAAAUGAAAAGAUGAAAAGGCAGUUGGGGCUUCAGUAAAAAUAAACCAAACCAAAACAAAACCAAAACAAAACAAAAAAUACUCAAAACAAAAGGAAAAUAACUCAGUUGUUAUUUGCACCUGCUUCAGUGGACACUGAAUUUGGGAGGCAGAAGAUUUUGCUUUGUUUUUUCUUUCAAGAUUUGAGCAUCACAUCGUUUGAAUCUACCUUUCAGGGACAGACUGUGAACCAAGCAGGGCAGAUCUUAUCCAACGUGUGUCUUCCUCUGCAGGAGACUUUGAGUCUGUCAGAGCGUUUUUGGCGUGGUUGCUUCUGCAAGUUUCCUUCCCUAGAGCUUCCCUCAGCAAGCUGCACCGACUACGGCAUCAUCACUGCCUGUUGAACUCUUCUGAGCAAGAAAAGGGAGCGGCAGAGUAGGGAAUUAGGUAGAAGAUUCAGCCAGGUUCAAGGAUGGAGGUACAGUUAGGGCUGGGGAGGGUCUACCCCCGGCCACCGUCAAAGACCUAUCGAGGAGCUUUCCAGAACCUGUUCCAGAGUGUGCGCGAAGUGAUCCAGAAUCCGGGCCCCAGGCACCCUGAGGCCGCGAGCGCUGCACCUCCUGGCGCCCGUUUGCAGCAGCAGCAGCCGCCGCCGCCGCCGCCGCCUCCCCAGGAGACCAGCCCCCGGCAGCAGGAGCAGCAGCAGGAGCAACAGCACGGUGAGGAUGGCUCUCCCCAAGCCCAGAGCAGAAAUCGGACAGGCUACCUGGUCCUGGACGGGGAACGGCAGCCUUCACAACAGCAAUCAGCCACCGAUUGCCACCCUGACAGCAGCUGUGUCCCAGAGCCUGGAGCUGCCACGGCGGCCAGCAAGGGGCUGCCACAACAGCCGCCAGCACCUCCGGAGGAGGAUGACUCAGCUGCCCCAUCCACAUUGUCUCUGCUGGGCCCCACUUUCCCAGGCUUAAGCAGCUGCUCUGCAGACCUUAAAGACAUCCUGAGCGAGGCCAGCACCAUGCAACUCCUUCAGCAACAGCAGCAGGAGGCGGUCUCCGAAGGCAGGAGCAGCGGGAGAGCGAGGGAGGCCACUGGGGCUUCCUCCGCCUCCAAAGACAGUUACCUAGGGGGUACUUCGACCAUAUCUGACAGCGCCAAGGAGUUGUGUAAGGCAGUGUCGGUGUCCAUGGGCUUGGGUGUGGAGGCGUUGGAGCAUCUGAGUCCUGGGGAACAGCUUCGGGGAGAUUGCAUGUAUGCCCCGCUCUUGGGAGGUCCACCCGCUGUGCGCCCCACUCCUUGUGCUUCACUGGCCGAAUGCAAAGGUUCUUUGCUGGAUGACACUGCAGACAAGGGCACGGAAGAGACUGCUGAAUAUACCCCGUUCAAGGGAAGUUACACCAAAGGACUAGAAGGAGACAGCCUGGGCUGUCCUGGCAGCAGUGAAGCGGGGAGCUCCGGAGUACUUGAGCUGCCUUCCACUCUGUCUCUCUACAAGUCUGGAGCACUGGACGAGGCCGCAGCUUACCAGAAUCGAGAGUACUACAACUUUCCACUGGCCCUGACCGGGCCACCGCCCCCUCCGCUUCCCCCUCAUCCCCAUGCUCGAAUCAAGCUGGAGAACCCACUGGACUAUGGCAGCUCCUGGGCGGCCGCGCAGUGCCGUUUUGGGGACCUGGCGAGCCUGCACAGCGGGGGCCCAGCGGCACAGAGCUCCGGAUCGCCUUCGGCCUCAGCCGCUUCUUCCUGGCACACUCUGUUCACAGCGGAGGAAGGCCAGUUGUAUGGGCCGUGUGGUGGGGGCGGCGGUGGCGGGGGCGGUGCAGGCGAGACAGGGUCCAUAGCUCCCUAUGGCUACACUAGGCCAUCUCAGGGGCUGGCGGGCCAAGAAGGCGACUUCCCCGCACCCGAUGUAUGGUACCCCGGCAGCGUGGUGAGCAGAGUGCCCUAUCCCAGCCCCAGCUGUGUCAAAAGUGAGAUGGGUCCCUGGAUGGAGAACUAUUCUGGACCUUACGGGGACAUGCGUUUGGAGACUACUAGGGACCAUGUUUUACCCAUCGACUAUUAUUUUCCACCCCAAAAGACCUGCCUGAUCUGUGGGGAUGAAGCUUCUGGCUGUCACUAUGGAGCUCUCACUUGUGGAAGCUGCAAGGUCUUCUUUAAAAGAGCUGCUGAAGGGAAACAGAAGUACCUAUGUGCCAGCAGAAAUGACUGCACCAUUGAUAAAUUCCGAAGGAAAAAUUGUCCAUCUUGUCGUCUCCGAAAAUGCUAUGAAGCAGGAAUGACUCUGGGAGCCCGGAAGCUGAAGAAACUUGGCAAUCUGAAACUACAGGAAGAAGGGGAGGCUUCCAGUGCCACCAGCCCCACUGAGGAGCCAAGCCAGAAACUGACAGUGUCACACAUUGAAGGCUACGAAUGUCAGCCGAUCUUUCUGAAUGUUCUGGAAGCCAUUGAGCCAGGCGUGGUCUGUGCUGGACAUGACAACAACCAGCCUGACUCUUUUGCAGCCUUGCUCUCUAGCCUCAAUGAAUUGGGUGAGAGACAGCUUGUUCACGUGGUCAAGUGGGCCAAGGCCUUGCCUGGAUUCCGCAAUUUGCAUGUGGAUGACCAGAUGGCAGUCAUUCAGUACUCAUGGAUGGGGCUAAUGGUGUUUGCCAUGGGCUGGCGAUCAUUCACCAACGUCAACUCUAGGAUGCUCUAUUUUGCCCCUGAUCUUGUUUUCAAUGAGUACCGCAUGCACAAGUCCCGGAUGUACAGCCAAUGUGUCCGAAUGAGGCACCUCUCUCAAGAGUUUGGAUGGCUACAAAUCACACCCCAGGAAUUCCUAUGCAUGAAAGCACUGCUACUUUUCAGCAUUAUUCCAGUGGAUGGGCUGAAAAAUCAAAAAUUCUUUGAUGAACUUCGAAUGAACUACAUCAAGGAACUCGAUCGUAUCAUUGCAUGCAAAAGAAAAAAUCCCACAUCCUGCUCAAGGCGCUUCUACCAGCUUACCAAGCUCCUGGACUCUGUGCAGCCUAUUGCAAGAGAGCUGCAUCAGUUCACCUUUGACCUGCUAAUCAAGUCCCACAUGGUGAGCGUGGACUUUCCGGAAAUGAUGGCAGAGAUCAUCUCUGUGCAAGUGCCCAAGAUCCUUUCUGGGAAAGUCAAGCCCAUCUAUUUCCACACACAGUGAAACAUUGGAAUCCCCCAUUUCUCCACCCCAGCCCCAUCACCUUUUCAGAUGUCUUCUGCCUGUUAUAAUUCUGCACUACUCUUCUGCAGUGCCUUGGGGAAUUUCCUCUAUUGAUGUACAGUCUGUUAUGAACAUGUUUCCGAGUUCUA